AUGUUUACUGAAGCACAAGUCAACGAUGCCAUCGUCGAGAUGAAGGUCCCCAACGUCACUUCUUGGGAGCUAUUCUCACAGGUGCCUAAUUUCAAGGUCUACCGUCGAUCCGUCCCCAAUAGCUCGUUGAAGGAGUACAAGGUUUUAGGAUCCUACCCUGAUUUGCCCACACGCUACCUUCUUCGAGCCUACACUGACUUGGACUUUCGCAAGUCCUGGGACUCUAACAUGAUCGGCUGGAAGGCUCUCCCUAACCACCGCCUGCAUUUUACUGCAAAGUUUCCCUGGCCACUGUAUCCACGCGACUAUGUCUAUGAGCUCCGCACACAGGAAUUCGCAGAGGGCGUGGUCUGUGUGAAUGGCAAGAGUGUGUUUGAUGAGGCUGCUCCUGAGCGGUCGGGCACAGUCCGUGUGGACGAAUUUAGACAGGAUGUGGUUAUCCAACCUACCGAGGAUGGCCGCGGCUGCAACAUUUGGUUUGGCUACUACGACAACCCCAAGGGCAAUAUUCCUUCAAGUAUCAUCAACUGGGCGGCCAAGUCUGGCAUUCCUUCCUUCCUGAACUCGAUGAGAGACGCGGGCCUUCGGUUGAUGAAGACGGACGAGGAGAGCGGAGUUCUUGACGAGAAGAUCCAGCCCAUGUCGUCGACCGCCACGCCUUUGCCAGUCAACUGCUAG